AUGGUUACUAUGGCUACCCUGAUCAAGGUCUCAAAACAGAAGGACGCUGUUGGUAGAGCAGGAAAUAAAGAUCUCCCAGCAAUGAUUUCCUUGAUACAGUCAGUAUUCAUUGUGUUAGCCUUAAGCAUGCCCACCGUUUCUUUUGAAGUCCACCUGACCGGUUCACAUAUUGGAGAAACCAUAGUCAACUCGUCUCUACCUGGGUAUGGAUGGAGGUAUACUAUCGACAGUCCUUCCAGCAAACGAUCCCUGGCGAUUGUUUCAUUACGCACACCCUACAGCGGGGUCAUCCAGCAGCGGAAGAAGUUAGAUUGUAGAAAAACUAAGGCCAACUUACUACAGUUCCAGGUGUCGUCCACCAGAGAUGUGAUCCAGCCAAAUUCACUCACACGGAAAAUGUCUUGUGUUAUUCCAUAUUCAGUUUUUAUCCAUGGCCGAUUAUGUAAAGCGUUCCACAAGGACUGGUUAUGGAAGAAGAUGAAGGAGACAGCCCAUCAUAAACACACAGUGUUCAUUCAAGUACCUUCUUCAGACUUUUGUUUCACAUCAAAACGGACAAUUCUAUCGUUAUAUGACAUCAUCCCCUUCCAUUUUCAUUCCUGCGACAUAAAUAUCAUACCCAGGACUUUGAAUGUGAACAUAAAUCCCAGGUCUUUGGAUAUGACUUUUAGUGAGGACCUUUGUGUGAACGAUGAAGUCAGAGUUGAAUUACAGUUAACAUUCGUCUGCCAGAAAUCUGUUCGCCAAUUUAUACAUUAUUUUAUAACUUUUCACAAAGAAUCAAACAAUAUAACUAGCACAGAAAAGUCCCUGAACAGACGAAAAAGACAAAAUGGAAACAGAGCUCCAAGUUUUGCCAGACCUCAGUACAUCCAAAACAUCAAAGAAGAACAGGAGCCAGGUAUGUCUGUCAUAACUAUAACAGCAACUGAUCCAGAUAUUGGUGAGGCUGGCACUUUGACAUACAAGAUGGAAGCCAAUGAAGACUUGAGAAGUUCUGACAUGUUUGUUAUUAACUCAUCUUCAGGGCUUAUUAAAACCAAACAGGUUCUAGACCGGGAAACCAUGUCCAAGCAUUCUUUCACAAUAUAUGCAACAGAUAAUGCUCAGCCAGUGUCUGAAAGAAGAAGUGCCACCACCUAUCUAUCCAUCAUUGUUGAUGAUGUCAAUGACCAUGACCCUACCUUCACACCAAGCAGUUCUAGAAUUAACAUCAAUGAGAACAGAUCUCCCAGGCAGGAGUUUACUGUAGCUGCUGUUGAUGAAGACACCGGAGACAAUGCAAUGAUCCGCUACAGCAUUCUUAAUCCUGCAUAUCCAAAUAAUGCAUUUAUGAUUGAUCCCCUUUCUGGUACAAUUUCCACCUUACAUUCGCUGGAUCGUGAGAAAGUCUCAUCGUAUAAGCUGCUGAUUCUGGCCAUGGACCAAGGUGACCUGAAUCAGAGAAGGUCAUCCACGUAUACCUUGUGGGUCAAUGUUGCAGAUGAGAAUGAUAACUCUCCAAUGUUUCUGAAAAGUAGUUAUACCGUUAGCUUGCCAGAAAACCAGGCACCCAGCGUAGCAAGGGAGAUCAUUAAUGUGACGGCAGUUGAUGCAGAUGCAGGAGACAAUGCAUUAGUCUCCUACCGACUCACUGGUGCUGGUCAAGAAACUUUUAAUAUCAGUCAGUUUACAGGGCAGCUGUACCUAACUGGCACACUUGAUUAUGAGAACAUUCAUGAAUAUGCAUUGAAUAUCCGAGCAGACGACAAAGGAAAUCCCUCCAAAUGGAAUUCAACCACUGUUUUAGUUAAAGUUCUUGAUGUUAAUGAUAACGUGCCCAGUUUUCUGGAACCUUCAUACCAAACAUCAAUAAAUGAAAAUAUUCCUGUUGGUAGUGUUGUCAUUACUGUGCAAGCUGAUGAUCAAGAUAGUGACCAAAAUGCUGUCAUAAAAUACUCAGUUGUUAAUCCCCCAAGCUCAUUCCCUUUUGAAUUAGACCCUCACACUGGUGUCAUUAAAACUAGAGCACAAGUUGACCGUGAAACAAAUUCCAGUUUUGUUUUCCAAGUCAAAGCUGAAGACAGCGGAAAGCCGCCACUAAGUUCUAGCGUCACUGUUAGUAUCAGAGUUAAUGAUCUCAAUGAUAAUGCUCCAGUGUUCAAGGAGAAGUCAUACAAUGCUUCCAUAUCAGAAGAGGCAGUUAAAGGUGACCCAGUAAUAACAGUUUCAGCUCAGGAUAGAGAUGAAGGAAGCAAUGCCCUGAUUACAUACAGGAUAACUGGUGGCAAUGAUAAAGAUGCUUUUCAGAUCAGACCAAGAGAGGGAGUCAUUUCGGUCAACAGGAAAUUGGAUGCUAGAGAGCAAAAUAGAUAUGUGCUGACAGUGUCAGCUCAAGAUGGUGGAGGUCAGAGUGAUUCCGUGGAUGUCACCAUCUUUGUUUUAGACACAAACAGGUUUGCUCCCAAGUUUCAGCGAGAUCAGCAGUAUUUCUUUGAUGUCAGUGAAGAUGUUACUGUUGGCAAGUCUGUAUUUCAAGUAUUAGCUCUAGAUGAUGAUGUUGGGGAAAAUGCCAGAAUCACUUACUCAUUGUCUCCCAUGCCGGUAUUUACUAUAGAUCCAAACACAGGUGUCAUUACAACAAGACAGCGGCUGGACAGAGAGACUGUGUCCCUCUAUGCAUUAACAGUGACGGCAACAGACAAUGGCAAACCGUCACGCUCUGCCACAGCAGAGAUUUCUGUUACGGUCAAAGAUGUCAAUGACAACAAACCAGAGUUCAGCAAAUAUAAAUAUGAGGGAUCCGUAUCAGAAGAUGCUCUUCCAGGAUUCAAAAUCCUGAAUAUCACAGCUGUGGACAAAGAUGAAGGCAUCAACGGUCAAGUUCGGUACACCUUUGAAGGUGGGAAUGAUGGUAACGGGGCUUUCAGCAUAGACAACCAAGGGUGGAUUCGUCUGGCAAAAGAAAUUGACAGAGAGGUAAAACCUUCAUAUGACUUGGUAGCAUUGGCAAUUGAUUUAGAUCCUGUACAUCCACAGUCCUCAUCCGUUGUUAUCCACAUUGAUGUGUUAGAUGUCAAUGAUAACAGCCCUAUUUUUCAAACCAAGGAGUUUGUGGUGAUGAUCGAUGAGAAUACGCCCAUCGGAUCAACUGUAGCUGUGAUCUCAGCAGUGGAUCCGGAUGUUGGUAUUAAUGCUUUGGUGGAUUAUACUAUAGCCAGUGGUGGAGAUUCGGAUAAGUUCCAGCUGGCUGGUCGACGGGAUGAUCCGGCAAUUAUCAAGAGUAUGGUACAGUUGGAUUAUGAGGAAGGCAAGAAAGAAUACGAGAUAACCCUGAGAGCAGCUUCAGGUACCCGGAUAUCUUCAGCAAAAGUUAUUAUCAAAGUUCAAGAUGUUAAUGAUAACCCUCCAAUCUUGGAGGAUUUCUCCAUUAUUUUCAACAACUUUGGUGGUAUGUUCCCUAGCGGGCCCAUUGGUAGAAUUCCAGCAUUUGAUCCUGAUGUCUCUGAUCGUGAUCGUUUGGUUUACAAAAUCCUGUCAGGCAACAAGGCUGAGUUGCUUCAUUUAAAUGAGACAUCAGGGGAAGUGACUCUUGACCCACGGCUGAACUCUGAUGUACCACGUACAGGGAUGUUCCAGAUUAGUGUGUCAG